AUGAUGGGUUUAGGGUCUUUGGGCAGUGGAGUGCGAGGAAACUCAUCGUCAUCAACCUCAAAUUUAUCAGCUUUAGCCCCGCCUUUUACUGUUGAAAGAUCAAACCCUAAACUCAAUUCUAUCCCAAAUUUGCAUUUCUCGGAUUCAUCAUAUGCUACUGCACGAGAUGGCCAAACAUGGCAAUAUCCACUCCCUUCGGCCCCUGGACCUGAAUUAAAUAUUGAUUCCACAAUAGUUACUAGCUUCCCUUUCGCAUAUUCCAGUCCUGGGCCUAUUAGCCCACCCAGUACUGAUUGGUCUGCGCCCAUUAGCACUCCUGGUGCCAAUUGGUCUGCUUUGAGCACUAAUGCUAAAACUUCAGCUGAUGUGCUUUCAUAUGCUGGUGAAGUCAAGCCUUAUUAUUCCCCUUAUGUUUCUCCUAUAGUUGGCAAAGAUAGUCCAUCCGUUGUUGACUAUGGGCCUUUUUAUGAUCCGAGGGCCACUUCUGGACCGGAUUUAUCCCCUCAAGUCGAUUACAUCCAGGCCUUGUCCGGCUUGGAAUACGCUUCACAGUGGGAUGAUGCUUGGGCAUUUGAUGAUGGGAAACAGGCCAAACAGGUAGAACUUGAUAGGAGUUUUUCUUCCAAGAAGGUGAAUAUUGGUGAUUCACUUGUUCCUAAAAGUUAUAUUAGCCCAGGAGGAGUUCAUAGUAUUGGAUAUGGGAACAGCUGUAAAGAAGAUUUUGGUAUAUCAUAUGGAAAACUCAAUCAUGUUUCCGGAAGAGAAAGCUAUAUUGGACAUAUGGAUGACAAAUCAUGCUUGGGGCAAAAUCAUAGCUUCCUUUCUUAUGAAUCUUCUAGAAUGCCUACAUUGAUGUCUGGUUCAGCAUAUCCAAAAUCUCGCCCUCUAGAGCUGUCUCCUGAACAAUCUAGGAACUUCUCACACCAUCAAAAGCUGAAAGGUCCAUAUGAAAAAUGUUUGCAACCCCUUGAAUCAUCCUUUAGUGGUUCUAUGUCGAUAACAAGAUCUUCCCCAGCUGUGGUCAUCAGGCCUCCACCUGCCGGAAACAGUUCAUUUGCACAAAACGCCGCUCCUAAAACAGUGGACGUAGACAAUAAUUCAGGUGUCCACCAGGGUGAAUUUGAUGUCAGUAAUAGUGCCAAACAGAAUGAUCCGUGCCUAAGACCAAUUGAAGCUUCCUUCGACACUGGCCAAUUCACGUCUCACAAAAAAGGAUGUGGAUCUCAUCUGCCCGGUAUAAAUGUCUCAGAUGGCUUCUCUUUGGCUGCAAAUGGUGUUCAAGUUGUGAAGUCUACUGAGAAUUCUUCAGAUAGCAUAGAUAAUUAUGCUCCUGCAGUUGACUCACCCUGUUGGAAAGGAGCGCCUGUUUCUCACUUUUCGCCGUUUGAUGACCUUGAAGUUGGCGAGUCACCUUGUUCUAAGAAGAAAUUGGAAGAAUGUUAUGAUUUUGAUCAUGAAGCACAUAAGCUUUUCCUCUCAUUAAACGAUUCCAAGAGAGCCUCCUCUCAAAAGGCAUUCGGAGGCACAAACCAUGAUGAAAGUCGAUGUGCAGGAAAUAUUAUGCCACUUUCUUCUGAGAGAAGCUGGGAUGCUAAUUGUCCGACUAUAGAACAGAGUUCAACCGAUGCUUUAAAAGAUGGAUUUGAGAUUUCAUCUCUGAAUAGCAGUAAAGGAGUUGGGAUAUCUAAUCCCCUUCACAAGCCUAAGAAAGAAUUUGUCCCUAAUGACUCAAUGAGUGUGUACGGCCAGAAAAUAUCCAAUGCAAAGCAUUCCAAUGCUGAAGUGAAUGAUAUCCCAUAUAUGAAGCUCGGUUUACAGGCUAGUGCUGCUAAUUAUGUGAUGACCUUUAAUGAUGCUUCUGAAGGUGGCAAUGUUGCAUUUCACGCUGCGGAAAAUGUUUUAUGUUCACCUUCUUCAGAGGAAGAUGCCUUCGAGGAUGAUAAAGUAGAGACCAAUCCAAAUUUGGAUGUUCAACCAAUGAUAAAUGCAAUUCAUGCCCUUUCGGAGUUUCUUGCGAUGAAUUCUACAAAUGAUACAUUUGCUCUGGCAGAGCAUAACUAUGAUGCUCUUAAGCACGUGAUCAGCAAUCUUGAGGCGUGUAUGACUAAGAAAAUUGUUCAUAGAACUUUGAACAAGGAACCAGUUGUUUCCGCUGGAGACAUUUUGGGUAAAAUUGUGGAUACUCAUGAUAUGACUACUGUUGUAGGCAAGCCUCAAGUUACAAAUGAAGCUCUAAUCUUUCACGAGCGACUUGAUUAUCAGCGAAUGCAUGAAGAGAAGAGAGGUAACCUUUUUCCUGGUAAGAAAGCUGAGAGUUCAUCACUUGUUUCACCCUUAAGGGGUGAUGCGGACUUACCAACAGACCAUAAUAUGGCCCAGGCUAUAAAGAAGGUCCUCGAUGAGAAUUUCCUCUAUGAUGAAGAAAUGGACUCACAAGCACUUCUCUUUAAAAACUUGUGGCUUGAGGCAGAGGCUAAAUUAUGUUCCAUCAGCUAUAAAGCUCGCUUUGAUCGAAUGAAGAUUGAAAUGGGAAAGUUCAAAUCCAAAAAGGAAGAAGGAAAUUGCGCGGUUGUUGAGAAGAAGUUGAAUUUUCAGAUUUCACCCAAUCCAAGCACAGAUUCCAAUCGCCCACCUGUGGAUCAAGAUGGUGCAAUUCCCAAACCUGGGGUCUGGAAUGCUUCUGUUCCCAGCACAAGUGGCGAUGCCGAUGAUGUUGCAUUGGUGAUGGAAAGAUUCCAUAUCUUGAAGUCUCGGAAUGACGGCAAAAACUCAGUAAAUACAGAAAAGGAAGAACUGCAAGAAACGGAUGAUUUUGAGUAUGCGGGUUCUAAAAACCCUGCCCAUAGCCACGGUGAUGAGGUUGAGGCAUCCAUCAUGGACAGAUUCCGUAUCUUGAAAUCAAGGAAUGACAACUCAAAACUAAUAAAUAUAGAAGAUGAACAACAGCCCAAGAUGGAUGAUUUUGAGUAUACGGGUAAGAAAAACCUUGGGCCAUGCACAAAAGACCAAUCAGAAUGUGAAAACUUAAAUGUGGACGUGAAAACUCAUUUCCCGCAACGAACCAGCAGUCUCAGUGAAGGAAAAUUCGGCUCUUUUGUUGACGUGUCUGGAUACGAAUCUGUGAAAGAGUUCCGUCGCUCUGUCAGAAAUGAUCCGAUGGUACAUUCAUUAACUAAUGACAUGCUGAGAAAUCAAUUUUCAUCAGGAUGGUAUGAUAAUUCCACUUCAGAUUGGGAACAUAUACUCAAAGAUGAUUUUGCAUGGAAAAAUUGA